UAUUUGGUAUCAGAUUGCAAUAUUUUCCCACAUCACACAGAUACACAUGCUGCAAGCCAGUGGCUAUCAGUGUUUGAUUCACUGAUAAGUAUGCCUGCCAAAAGGGUAGUGAAAAACAAAAACUAGAAAAGUGAAGACAGUCACCCUUCACUGCAGAAGAAAAAAAAUGGGACAAGCCAGCUGUCCAAACUAGCAAAUGUCUAUUGACAUGGAAUUUGGCAGUAUUCCUGCUCUUAAUCUUUAUCAGCCUGCAUCAGAGAUCUCUGAGUGUAAACUCUGUCCCAUGAACUGGGUGUCAAAAAAGGGAAAGUGUUAUUGGUUUUCCGAAGAGACGAAGAACUGGUUUGAGGCCCAGGACUCUUGUUCUAGGAAGAAUGCCCAUAUGAUUGUGUUCCAGAACUCGGAAGAAAUGAAAUUCAUCCAGAACAUCAUCCAAGGAAACUAUCGUUUUUGGAUUGGACUUAACUUUACAUCUACAUGGAAGAACUGGACCUGGGUGGAUGGUUCAUUGUUAAAUCAAACAUUGUUUCCAAUAACUCUCCCAAAAGACGGACAUAGAUGUGGAGUUCUUAAAGUCAAUCAGGUUCUUUCAGAAAUGUGCAAUGAUCAAUUUAAAUGGAUUUGCAAGAAGGAUGCUGUUCUAAUUGACCACACGACACUGAAAAGAGGCUUGCUUUAAUACAUCAACAGAACACCCUUCCUGGGACUGCAAGAUUCAACUGUAGGCAGAGGUUCAAGAGGAUGACUUCAUUCAGUCCCCAUUUAUGUUCUUCAAUAUUAUGUCUUUGCAUUCUCAGUUACAAACCUUCCCAA